CUCCCUUCUUCGCCGCCCCUGACCCAACUUUUCUCCAACUUUCGCGACCUGUGAGAGUCUCUUCUUUCAGCCCUGGCCCUGGGGACCCCUCUCUCCCCAUCCCUGAGCCAGCCGGGUCCCUAUGAUCCACUAGGUCCCUGACCAAAGACUCCUGCUUUCUACCCACACGGCAGAGCAUCCUCGGGCCGCUCUGCGUUCGAGCCUGCCGUCAAACCCACUGGAUCCUGGGAUCCCCCUGCUCCGCUUUCAACCUUCUUUCUCCCAGGGGCCUUGGAUCGUGGGGGUCUUUUGAUUCCAGGGACCCUGCCCGACCCGAUUUUCUUUUCUGGUUUCUUGCAGUCUUCCGAUCUCUGGGUACCCUCCAAACCACUACUUUUCUUUCUGAUCUGUGCUCCCUUAACCCCGGGCGUUUGACCCACUAGAUUCCUUUUCUCUUAUUGCCCAGGGUCCCGCCAUCCUCCAGUCCCUCAACCUGACAGAUUUCUCUCUCAGAUGCCUGCGUUUUUACCACCACCGCACGAGAGCGCUCGGAUCUAGGUCCCAGGUUCCUCAGCGAGCUCAGGGCGGCAGGUCGAGCUCCGGGCGGCAGGUCGGGGUCUGGCCCCCAUGGCCGCCGCCCCCUCCCAUCCCGCCGGAGUCCCGGGUUCUCCGGUGCCCGGGUCUCCUCCGCCCCCCGGUGGCUUGGAGCUCCAGUCGCCGCCACCUCUGCUGCCUCAGAUCCCGACCCCGGGCCCGGGGGUCUCCUUCCACAUCCAGAUCGGAUUGACCCGGGAGUUCGUGCUGCUGCCGGCAGCCUCCGAGUUAGCUCAUGUGAAGCAACUAGCCUGUUCUAUCGUGGACCAAAAGUUCCCGGAGUGUGGCUUCUACAGCCUGUACGACAAGAUCCUGCUCUUCAAACAUGACCCCACAUCGGCCAACCUCCUGCAGCUGGUGCGAUCAGCUGCAGAUAUCCAGGAGGGCGACCUGGUGGAGGUGGUUCUGUCGGCCUCGGCCACCUUCGAGGACUUCCAGAUCCGCCCACAUGCUCUCACUGUGCACUCGUACCGUGCUCCCGCCUUCUGCGACCACUGUGGGGAGAUGCUCUUCGGUCUUGUGCGCCAGGGCCUCAAGUGCGAUGGCUGCGGGCUGAAUUACCACAAACGCUGUGCCUUCAGCAUCCCGAACAACUGCAGUGGUGCUCGCAAGCGCCGCCUGUCAUCCACGUCCCUGGCCAGUGGUCACUCUGUGCGCCUAGGCAGCUCCGAGUCCCUACCCUGCACCGCUGAGGAGCUGAGCCGUAGCACCACCGACCUCCUUCCUCGCAGACCACCCUCGUCGGCGUCCUCCUCCUCUUCCUCUUCCUUCUACACAGGCCGUCCCAUUGAGCUGGACAAGAUGCUGAUGUCCAAGGUUAAGGUGCCACACACCUUCCUUAUACACAGCUACACACGGCCCACCGUCUGCCAGGCCUGCAAGAAGCUGCUCAAGGGUCUAUUCCGCCAGGGCCUGCAGUGCAAAGACUGCAAGUUCAACUGUCACAAACGAUGUGCUACCCGCGUCCCUAACGACUGCCUGGGGGAGGCACUCAUCAAUGGAGACGUGCCGAUGGAGGAGGCCACCGAUUACAGUGAGGCCGACAAGAGCUCCCUCUCAGACGAUUUGGAUGACUCUGGUGUCAUCCCAGGCUCCCACUCAGAGAAUGCUCUCCAUGCCAGCGAGGAAGAGGAAGGCGAGGGAGGCAAGGCCCAGAGCUCGCUGGGAUAUAUCCCCCUGAUGCGGGUGGUACAGUCUGUGAGACACACGACCCGGAAAUCGAGCACCACCCUGCGGGAGGGCUGGGUGGUCCAUUACAGCAACAAGGACACGCUGAGGAAGCGGCACUAUUGGCGCCUAGACUGCAAAUGUAUCACCCUCUUCCAGAACAACACGACCAACAGAUAUUACAAGGAAAUCCCACUGUCUGAAAUCCUUGCCGUGGAGUCGGCUCAGAACUUCAGCCUCGUACCUCCGGGCACCAACCCACACUGCUUCGAGAUCAUCACGGCCAACGUCACCUACUUUGUGGGCGAGACACCCGGCGGGGCCCCAGGAGGGCCGAGUGGGCAGGGGACAGAGGCGGUUCGGGGUUGGGAGACAGCCAUCCGCCAAGCACUGAUGCCCGUCAUUCUCCAAGAUGCACCCAGUGCCCCAGGCCACACACCGCACAGACGGGCUUCUCUGAGUAUUUCUGUGUCCAACAGUCAGAUCCAAGAGAACGUGGACAUCGCCACUGUCUACCAGAUCUUCCCAGAUGAGGUGCUAGGCUCCGGGCAGUUUGGAGUGGUCUAUGGAGGAAAACACAGGAAGACUGGCAGAGAUGUUGCAGUAAAGGUCAUUGACAAACUGCGCUUUCCCACCAAGCAGGAGAGCCAGCUCAGGAAUGAAGUGGCCAUUCUCCAGAGUCUGCGGCACCCCGGGAUCGUGAACCUCGAGUGCAUGUUCGAGACCCCUGAGAAGGUGUUCGUGGUGAUGGAGAAACUGCACGGGGACAUGUUGGAGAUGAUCCUCUCCAGUGAGAAGGGCCGGCUUCCGGAGCGCCUCACCAAAUUCCUCAUCACGCAGAUCUUGGUGGCCUUGAGACACCUGCACUUCAAGAACAUCGUCCACUGUGACUUGAAGCCAGAGAAUGUGCUGCUGGCAUCAGCCGAUCCAUUUCCUCAGGUGAAGCUGUGUGACUUCGGCUUUGCCCGCAUCAUUGGUGAGAAGUCCUUCCGGCGCUCAGUGGUGGGCACACCCGCCUACCUGGCCCCCGAGGUGCUGCUCAACCAGGGUUACAACCGCUCCUUGGACAUGUGGUCCGUGGGUGUGAUCAUGUACGUCAGCCUCAGUGGCACGUUCCCCUUCAAUGAGGACGAGGACAUCAAUGACCAGAUCCAGAACGCAGCUUUUAUGUACCCAGCCAGCCCCUGGAGCCAGAUCUCAUCUGGAGGCCAGAUGUGGGUGUCAGAUCCCCUAGAACUAGAGUUACAGGUAGUUGUGAGCUGGGAACCUAACCUAGAUCACCUGGAAGAGCAGCCAGUGCUCUUAACCACUGAGCCAUCCCUCCAGCUCCAGGUUUAUCUGUCUCUUUCUUUCGUUUAUUUUAUGCGUAUGAGUGUUUUGCCUGCAUGUAUGCAUGUGUGCCUGAUGACAGAGAGGAGGUCAGAAGAGGGCAUCAGAUCCCCUACAAAUGGAGUUACUAUGGAUGGUGGUUGUGAGCCACCGUGUGGGUGCUGGGAACCAAACCCAGAUCCUCUGCAAGAACAGAAAGUGCUCUUAACCACUGAGCCACCUCUCCAGCCCUAUCAGAUGUGUUGUUUUUCUUUUGCAACAGUAGGGAUUGAGCCCAGAGCUUCAUGCAUGAUAAGUGCUCUGUGACUAAGCCAUGUAUAUCCCCAGCUCUUUCGUUGCAUUUUAAACACAGGAUCUACUAAACUGCCAAGGCUGACCUGGAACUCAUUUUGUAGCUCAAUUAGGCAUUGAACAGUUCAAUGCUGGGAUGAAAGGCCUGAGAGCCAUCAGGCCUGGCUGAGACUCAAGCUUUAACCAUGAUAUGUGAUUUGGAACUCCUGAGACAGACAUCUGCGGCCCUUGAGGAUGGGAUGCAGCUUAUCCAUGCAGCACCCUGAGAGGAACGGGACCAGAGGAAGCCAGAGUGGCCUGCACGUGGGUAGAGCUUUUCUAGAGAGAGGCUGGAGCCGGACUCUGUGAAUGGAGCAGAGAUGAGCCUGGAGCUUGGAAAUGUGUCCAAUGACAAGGCAACCCAGUCUAGGGGUGUGGCUUUGGGGUCAGGUGUGGGAUAGGACAUUUGAGAGGAUGAGAGCCAUGGGUGGGCCUGUUUGGUUUGGUUUAGCUGGCUUUGGACUAUGUAGCAGAAGAGAACUUUGUACUCUCCAUGCUCCUGCCUUGCUAGGAUUACAGGCUGAUGCUAGAAGAGCCUGGGAAAGCUUUGUCUCCAUUGUUCCUGAGCAACACAAUGCAACAGCUAUUUACAGAACAAUCCAUUGUAUUAGUAAAAGAAGUCUAUGUCAGAGUAUAGGGCAGUGGUAGAGCCCCUGCCUAGAAUCCCCCAGUGAAGGGGCUGGGGUGUGACUCAGUGGUAGAGCCCCUGCCUAGAAUCCCCCAGUGAGGGACUGGGGUGUGGCUCAGUGGUAAAGCCCCUGCCUGGAAUCCCCCAGUGAGGGGCUGGGGUGUGGCUCAGUGGGAGAGCCCCUACCUAGAAUCUCCCAGUGAGGGGCUGGGGUGUGUCUCAGUGGUAGAGCCCCUGCCUAGAAUCCCCCAGUAAGGGGCUGGGAGCAUGGCUCAGUAGUGGAGCCCCUGCCUAGAAUCCCUCAGUGAGGAUCUGGGGGUAUGGCUCAGUGGUAGAGCACCUGUCUAGAAACCAUCCUGAGAGGCUGGGGGUAGGGCCAGGUCAGUGGUAGUUCUCUUGCCCAGUACCCACGAAGUGCUAGGUUCCCUCCAUAGCAAUGUAACAAGAACACCAUUCUAAGUUAUCUAGAGAUGGUUCUAAGCAAGCAGGGAGAAUAUGCAGAGGCUGUAUGCAAACCUCUGCCAUUUUACAUAAAGGACUUGAGCAUC